AUGAAGUGCUUUGCGCCUAGGCGCAUCUCAAUUCGUCCGGUUUCCUUCCUCGAAGAUUGCGCAUUGAAUGCGAAUAGGACGGUUUAUCCAGGUACGACAUAUCGACUGCGGGUUUCGAGGGAGAGGAGAGAGAGAAGAUAUGCUUCGUCUAGUAAAUCUUCGAGGCCGAAAACUGCGCUGUUUUUUCCGGGUCAGGGAGUUCAGAGGGUUGGCAUGUUAACACCGUGGCUGGAAGCUUUUCCGUCUACUGCUGGUCCUAUAGUUGAGGAGAUUGACGAUCUGCUAGGCUAUAAACUCUCGUCGAUUAUUGCAAAUGGACCAAAUAGUACGCUUACAGCUACCGGGAACGCGCAACCUGCUAUUAUGGCCUCUUCGAUUUUGAUUUUACGAGUAUUAGAACGCGAGUUCGGUUUCAAGACGCAUGAACGAGUCGAUUUUACACUAGGUCAUUCAUUAGGAGAAUUCGCUUCUUUGGUUGUUGGGGGAUAUGUAGAAUUUGAAGAUAGUUUAUACCUGGUGCGCAAACGAGCGGAGGUCAUGGCUGAAUGUUCACGGCGAGCGAGCGAAGAACAUGGAGGUGAAUAUGGAAUGGUGGCUUUAGUCACCGAACCCAAUCAUCUGUCUCCUCUCAUCGAAGCUAUAUACGGAUUUCUCGGACACUCCGCGGGCUCGAAAUCUGAAAGCGCGGAAGUUCCUCCUAUACAACAGGUCUUGAUUGCGAAUAUUAAUAGUAAGAAUCAGAUUGUUUUGAGUGGGAACAUUGGGAGGAUAAAAGAAUUGUUGACGCAUUUGAGACAAUUUGGUGGUCAUGAUCCAAGGGCUGUGAGGUUAAAGAGUGAUAGUCCCUUUCAUAGUCCGUUGAUGAAACCGGCGGCGAAGAUUAUGUCGAAGCUGUUGGAGGGAAAGAGCAGGGUGAAGGGAAAGGAAGAUAGGGAUCUGUUAAUAUUUCCCGGGACGAUGGAAUGCAUAAGUAACGUUAGUGCGAGACCAUUUCGAAGUAAAGAUGAAUUAAAGGACCUUUGGGCGAGAAGUUGUGUGGAGACAGUCAGAUGGUGGGAUUCGAUAAAGUACCUAGAUCAGGAAAAGAAAGUGAGGAGGUGGAUUGGUAUUGGACCUGGGAAGGUUGGAAGGAAUUUGGUUGGAAAAGAAGUCGGGAUGAGGGGAAUGGAUACUUUAAAGGGAGGUGGAGUUUGGGGUAUUAGUGAUCCAAUGGAAAUAGAAGAGGCCUUGAAAGCUUUGGAUGAGACGGAAUCUCUUGGCGUAGAGGAUGAAACUGCUUAG